CCAUGUUCAGGUUUACACUACCGCAUCUGGCAUCUCAGGUUUCAAGACUACAGCAGGAUCAAGACUGAGCCUAUAUCCUGUAUUUACCGUGUUGUUUCUCCAUCGGGCACACAGAACAAGGGAACUGGACAUGUAGCUGUGUGAAGAAUCAACAACUGUCUUUCACUGGGUCAGUAAAGAAAUACGUCUGUGAAGAAUGAACGACAGUCACCAGGAAGGUGAAGACAUUAAGGAAACAGAGUUUGGAGGUACUGCCCCAUCCAAACAGAGGAAGAUCAUUUACUUUUCCAGUGGUGAAACUCUGGAGGAAGAGGAGGAGGAAAACAGUGACGAGGAAGACGUGGAUUCAUCGAAUGGACAAGCUUUCAGAGAGCCAAAAGAGAGGGGCAAAUUCUCAUGGAAGAAUGUCGUCAUGCUGGUCGGGAGGAUGUCGCUGCGGACUUGUGAUUUCCUUGGAGAAAAACUGGCUGGUGUGCUUGGACUGAAUGCAGCCAAAUACCAGUAUGCCAUAGAUCAGUAUCAUCGUGACCACAAGGGAACAAACAGUCAAAGCACUAAGGAGGGAGAUUCUCAAGUUGGGACGGACAGAGUGCUCCUCUCUCCUGGGCAGGAUGGGAGUGGAUAUGGAGCGACAUGUGGAGGCCCUGCUGCUGAUCAGGGAGCCUGCUACAAGACACCUGCUGAGCUCAGAAAUGAAGGAUCUUACAACAGAGGCUAUCAAGAGGAAGAUGAUUAGCACCUCAAAUAACCACUUAACU